CCUAACCUAACCGAAUGUCAAUCAAUAAUCAAUCAUCAAUCAAAACAAUAAAUUAAAAAUUUAUAACAUUCACAAUUUUUUGAUAAAUGAAGAAUAUUAUAUUAUAAAUAUGUUUUAAUCAUAGAUAUUAUAUUAAAUAUACAAUUGAAUUAUUUUUCAUGAAGCAUGAGUUCUAACAACCCCUAUGUGUUUUUUGAUCUGAAAUAUGGAGUAAUGAAAGCUGGCCGUGUGAUCAUUCAAUUAUAUGCAGAUGUAGUACCAAAAGCUGCAGAAAAUUUUCGAGCACUUUGUACUGGUGAAAAAGGAAUUGGUAGAAGAGGGAAACCUCUCCAUUAUAAAGGCACAAAAUUUCACAAGGUAAUACCUCUUUGUAUGGUACAAGGUGGUGAUAUAGAAAAUAAUGAUGGUACAGGAGGGGAAAGCAUUUAUGGCCCCACUUUUGAAGAUGAAAGUCUCACAAUCAAGCAUGAAGAAGAAGGUAUGGUUGGAAUGAUGAAUGCGGGUCCAAAUACAAAUCAGUCACAGUUUUACAUAACCACACAGCCAUGCUCACACUUAGAUGACACGAAUGUGGUUGUGGGAAAAAUUGUAAAAGGGUUGAAAAUUAUCGUUGAAAUGUCCGAUUAUAACAGGGAAGAUUCAAAACCUCCAGAGCUACUUAUUAUUGAAAAUUGUGGGGAGUUGAAACCUGGAGAGCCCUGGAAUAUAAAUGAAAGUGAUGGUACCGAAGACGUUUAUCCACCUUGGCCAGACGACUGGGACGAAUUUACAACGGCAAAUUCCCGUCUUGUUGAAAAAGCAGUAAUUGCUAUUAAGGAGUCUGGAAACUUUUAUUUCGGGGAAAACGAUUUCGUUGACUCGGAGAGGAAAUAUGUGAAAUGUUUGAGAUACAUAAACUGGUACUUGCUUCAAAAUAAAAAAAAUCUUGCACUCAAAAGUAUGCGUAUCAUUGUUAUGCAAAAUUUGGCUGCUGCACUGCUGAAGAGGCAAAAAUUCAAGGAAACUGUGAAAUUGUGCAGUGAGAUACUUGCAAUUGACGAAAAUAAUGCGAAGGCUCUGUAUAGAAGAGGUCAAGCGUCACUGGCAAUGAAGGACUAUGACGAGGCUCUAGAUGAUUUGAACAAUGCCUCAUCUUUCCUUCCGAACGAUCGGAAUGUCCUUAAUUUGUUGAAUACAGUCAAGAAACACAAGUUUAUCUAUCUUCAGGAUGAAAAGUUGUUCUUCUCAAAGUUAUUCAAUUAGAUAUACUUCAAUGAAGAUUAAAGUGAUGUGAACAUUCAUAUUUAUGUUUUAUAUUGUGAUUAUAUCAUUAUUGUAAUGUAAAAAUAUAUUAUUCUGGAAUAUACUGAGU